AUGAACACGACGAGAUUAAUUUUGUGUGUUUUUGUGAUUUCUUAUGGAUUUGUUGGGUGUGACUUGGUGGCUGAUGAUGAAAAGGGUUUUCUGGAUUUUCUGACCGAUUCUUAUAAGGUGGGCGAGAUUUUGGGAUGAAAAAUUAUCAUCAGAGUUUUUCGCUUCGGCAGAUUUUUUUGCAGUUAGUAUCGAAAAUUUGAAUUUUUUAUCUUAUUCUCAUGUCAGAAUUUUUUACCAGAAUUAAACAUGAACCCAAAGUUUGAGUUUGAAAAUUUUCAUCGAAAUUUCUAAAAUCAGUAUUUUUGCUGUUGAAAAUCAAAACUUUUUUGAGAACUUGGAAUAACUUUGAGAUGACAUGAAUAAAAUGAAAAUUCAUUUUUGAAAUGCUUCUAAUAACUAUAAAAAGUUAUCCAGAAAGACCAAGAGCUACGUUAUGCUCCAAAACACGAAGAGCAUAAAGAAACCAAAGCAACAAAUACUAAAGAAACCAAACUAGCUGACAUUGUUCUUCUUCCCGGUGGCUAUAAUCCACUUCCCGGUCGCACAUCUUUCGGAGAUUAUUGGCCACUUAUGCCAAUGUCAAAUCAAUAUCACAUGGGAGUCAGUUAUGACACUUCCAAAGGAAGAGUAAGAAAUGUUUUCAAUGAUGAUGAAAGUUUUAUUUUGUUUUUUUUUUCAGCACGUAGGUGGUGAUAUUUUAGUGCCUGUGCCAUUCUGGAAUCAUUUUCUAAACAUUGAUGGUCAUUUUAUUGAACGUGCUCAAGAAGAAUGGGUCAAAGUUGGAUAUAUAAAUAAUCCUGUGAAUAUGAUGGGCUUGACCAAGGAUCAAAUUGUGAGAUUAAUGACUAGCCCAUCUCUGAAUCAUAAUAAGCGUGAGUUAAUUAUAUUUUCUUGCAUUCACAACAAAUUCAAAUAUGUUCAGAAAUCCAUCCACGUCUUCCUGUUGGAACUCUUCCUAAAGAUUUCACACCAAUUUCAUGUAAACCACCAAUGUGUGACCCUUAUGCUGGUGUAAUUGGUGUUGGAGUUGAGGCAAAUUAUGAGAUUGAAGAUGGUUUGGAAGGCGAGCUCGAAAUUCCGAUUCCAAUUUCAAAGGAUAUUGCGUACAAGUUUCCGUUGAGUGGAAAUAUUCAUUAUGGUGGGAUUUUUGGGAUCUGAUACUUUUAUUUUUCACAUAACAAGGCUCUUCUGAACAAACGCAGAUCUUGUUGUUUGUAAUAGAAACUGUUUUGAAAUUCUUGUUUUUUCCAGAUCGAGACGACACAUCAUUUAACUAUGCUCAAAAUCUGAGCCCACUGGAUGCUCUAGCAACCGGAUUUCCUAAUGACAAGCCACGAAAAACUUCCUAA